AUGGCUGUCGGUAACUUAGUGAAAGCACAAAUUAAAGCAUUGGAAACCAGAAUUGAGAAUCAACUACAAGAAACCCAUCAUGAUUUCAUAAAGAGCUUGUUGGAGCACUUUAGUGGGUUUCAACAUGAUGGGAGCUCAAGUUCUACGUUGAACAGAUUUGGAGUAUGGGCUGCCCAAGCCCAUUAUGGGCUGAAUCUGUGGCCUGCCAGCCCAACAGUUGAAUCACUACUAUUUGAUCUAUCGAUACUAGUAGUUGCAACAGUCAACUUCUCGGAGGAAAAUAAACUUGGUCAAGGUGGUUUCGGAGCUGUUUACAAGGGAGUGCUACCAGAUGGACGAGUAAUAGCAGUGAAGCGGCUGUUGAACUCUGGGCAAGGACUUGGAGAGCUUAAAAAUGAGUUGGCUUUGGUUGCUAAGCUCCAGCACCGGAAUCUCGUAAAGCUUCUAGGAGUUUGCUUGGAGGAAGAGAAGAUGAUCGUCUAUGAAUACGUGCCUAACACGAGCCUCGACAAAUUUCUUUUUGAUCCUGCAAGAGGCGAACAACUAACUUGGGGAAUUCGAUACAAGAUCAUUUGUGGGAUCGCUAGGGGCCUGCUUUAUCUGCACGAGGAAUCUCAGCUAAAAAUCAUACAUCGAGAUCUAAAGGCCUGCAAUAUCUUGUUGGAUGCAGAUAUGAACCCAAAGAUCUCAGAUUUCGGUUCAGCUAAGCUUUUCGAUGGCGAGCAAACUCAGGGCAUGACGAGUCGAGUUGUGGGAACCUUUGGAUACAUGGCACCAGAGUAUGUGAUCCAUGGCCAAUUUUCGAUCAAGUCAGAUGUGUUCAGCUUCGGUGUUCUGGUUUUGGAGAUUUUGACGGGAAGAAAAAACAGCACAGCUUGUAAUCCUGAAAACACUGAAGACCUUCUAAGCUAUACAUGGGAGAAAUGGCGAGGAGGAUCAGCCUUGGAGAUGGUAGAUCCAGCCUUGGGCAAUCAAUUCCAUGGGAGCGACCUGUUAAGAUGUAUGCAGAUUGGGCUAUUGUGUGUGCAGGAAAACCCGUUUGCCAGGCCUACUAUGUCGACAGUCGCUGUGAUGCUAAGUAGUGCAACAGUGACUCUGCAAGCUCCUUCACAACCUGCAUUUUGUUAGAUAGGAUUUUAUUACAAAAAUAAAUCAUGAUAAGAUUAUCAUGAUUCUCUAAAUAUUUUGAUAAUAUGUUAUUAUGAUUUUAAGUCAUAAAAAUUAUGAUAACAUAUUAUCGUGAUUCCAUCAAAUAAUGAGGAUAUAAUAUUCUAC